CCCUCUUUUAGUACGUGCGGAAGACAUCCAUUGGGCAUGCGGUAUUUGGGUGAUGCCAAAGGAAAGAGCCACUAUAUGCGAUGUGAGUAAUUGGUGAAUGAUUGUAGAUAUUCUCACUCUAUGGGCACGAGGCUAGAGAGAAGCCAAAAGCUAUUGAGAAUAGGAGUGGCGUGUAAGGAAAAGAAGAAAAAAACGCACUGCUUGUUGAAGUCUUGGUGGAACAGUUGUCGAGUUUCAGCAGCAGAUGUUUGCCUUUUAUUCCAUUUUCUGGCCUUUCCUCCUCUCACUCACUCUUUGGAUACCUGGAAGAUAUAUUUUAUUACUUCUUUCUGCCAUCGUCUCUUCACAUCCUGAUAAUUACUGUUCAACUGCCUACAUGCAUAGCACAGUGAGACACUUCUUCUAUUGAAUUUAAAAAUCAAACUACGUAUGUAUAGAUGUAGGUACCGGAGGAAUCAAACAAGAUGCAUUUUCACUUUUGAUUAAUCCCCCUUUUUGCAGCUCUUUUGCAUCCUUUCAACUCUAGUAGAUGAAGUUACGAAAUAUUGAGUGCGAUAGUAAAGCAGAAAGUUCUUCAAUGAAAGGACAGAUGCUUAAGAGAAGCGAGCGCACAAGUUAUGUUGUGUUGAGAAUUUUCUGUGAGACAAUAAAAAUCGAACGAGGGGGGUGUGUAUCGUUGUUACUUCUUGUGCGCGAGGUCGUCGUGAGGUGAAAAGAAGACCAAAAGAAGGUAAAUAUGGAGAUGAUAACAGAUGAUAGCCUGAGUGACGAGGUGUUUGAGGAUGAAACAGCCACACGGUACAAAAUCAACAAGAAUUCCAAUUUGGAUGCAGCUGAUGUGGAUUUUCGAACAUCCUCCCCUACGGGAUAUCCUGGGUACAAACCACCAGCUGAAGCACUUCGUAUGUAUGGCCUCGAAAAUGGCAUCGAAGAUGACGAUUGGCGGUCCUUUAAAAUCGAAGAGGACGACAACACCAAGGAAUUUGAUGAAAAUCUCACCCACAAGACCAUCCUCCUCGGAGAUUCAGGUGUGGGGAAAACCUCCCUCCUCGUACAGUACAACUUUGGGGAAUUUCGUUCGGGAGCCUUCUCUGCAACCGUCGGGAUCGCUCUAACUGUGAUGCUUCUCGGUGAUUCUGGAGUUGGGAAAACGUGCUUGCUGGUGAGAUUCCGCGAUGGUACAUUCCUAUCUGGGAAUUUUAUUUCAACCGUUGGAAUUGAUUUUAGGAAUAAAAUUGUGACGGUUGAUCAAGUUCGUGUGAAGCUUCAAAUUUGGGAUACAGCGGGCCAAGAAAGAUUUAGAAGUGUGACUCAUGCCUACUAUAGGGAUGCUCACGCUCUCCUCCUCCUCUACGACGUAACGAACAAAGUCACCUUUGACAAUACACGUGCCUGGCUAGUUGAAAUCCGGGAAUACGCUCAAGAGGACGUCGUCAUUAUGUUGCUAGGGAAUAAAUCGGAUUGCGGUGCUGAGCGUGAAGUGAAGAAGGAGGAGGGUGAACGCCUGGCGCGGGAGUACAAUGUGGGGUUCCUCGAGACAUCGGCAAAGACAGGACUCAAUGUAGACUUAGCUUUUCUCGCAGUUGCAAGACAAUUAAAGAGUCGAAAGACUGAAUUUGCAGCGGCUGAUGAUGCCAAAUUCAAUGUUCAGGAAUAUGUGCGGGAACACGCACAGAGACCCACAUGUCCGAGCUGUAUAUGAAAAUUUCUUUAAAGAAUUUUCAAAAAUGAAAAAAAUGUGCUUAUUCUGAUUGCAGGAAAGUUUAUAUGAAAGAAAAAAAAAAAGAAGAAAAACUUGAGCAUAUCAGAUUUAACUUUUGGUGAACAACAAUCAUAUUUGGGGGAGGUUUUUUGUGAGCUGUAAAUGGGAAUUCACGCACGAAUGUGAUUUCCCAGAAGCAAAUUUAGAGAAAAUUUUUAGUGUUCUUUGAUGAGAAAAGCUUUAAAUGGGAAAAACAAAUUGUAUAACAUUUUUUCUGAUUCAGUAGCAAUUUGUGCAACACUGAACGUUUGUUCGACUUUUAGGAAAGAAAACAAAAUUGUGCAGGAUGAGCAUAGAAUUUCUUCUAUUAAUAUCAAACAUCUGAUGGGGCAAACAAUUGAAGUAUAUUCCAAUUCACGAAUUAUUCUGAAUAUUUAAUAAUUUAUCUAUUGAUUCGCGAACCAGGAGAUUUUUUGGAAAUAUGAAUAAAAUCGUUAAUUUAACAAAUUUUUACAAUAAUGGGAUUUUUUUUGUAAAAAUCGCGAAUAAUUUAAUCUGAGAUUGAAAGAAUUGAAAAUAAUUUUAAAAAAUAUAUUACCCAUUCAAAUGAAGAGAAUAUUCUGAUUUUUUUAAAAUAAUAUCUGGUUAACAUUUCGUGAAGAUAUGUAGUGAAUAACAAAAAGAAGCUCCAGUCGUUUUGCUCCUUGAGCUUUUAACUCAGCAGAAUGCAAAAUAAAUUUGAAAUUCUAAUUGACUCGUUAAAUUUUCCCAAAAUGAGUAGAGUGUUGAUGCAUUUUCCCCGUUUUCCUUAUACGCUCUCCUAGUUCCCUCUCACAAUCUCUUGGACCACACUGUUUGAAAAAAUCGUUGCUGUGUAAAUGAUUUUAGGCAUUAAAAUUAUGUAAAAGCGCUCCUUGCGAAAUUGUUUAAUAUUCUUGUGUAAAUAAAAGGACGAGGUGUAGAAAAGUAAAAAUUGUAUAACCAUAAAAUGCCAAAAAACGGACUAAUCAAAAUCCAUAUCCUACAACAUUUAUCACAUUUAUAAAUAAACAAAAAGAUGUAAAAUGUAAAGAUCCAAAAACAGUAAAGUUGGGUUUCCCCGAAAGAUCUUGUGAAGUGGAUGAAAUUUGUAUAAUGUUAUUAUAUGAAAUUGUUGCAAAAUGGAAAAAGGGGUAUUUAUUGAUGUAUUUUCAUCCCUUUUUCCAACUUCGUGAAGGUGGUCCUACUCCCAUCCCACGCUAAACGUCGUUCCCACGACUGUUUCUUUGACCAAUUUCAUUACGUGUGAAUAAAUCCUUUCACCCGUGGGGGAGGAAGAAUUCAAAGAUUUCACCUUCACCUGGCUCAUUUGGAUUUUCGGGGAAAUUUUGUCACAUAACAAAACUAUAUAUGUAUAUAAUAAAAUGCUACAAAGAAGUGCUCAUAUUUUCCAGGAGAGGAAUAUCCUUGUUUAUUGGAUAGACAAAAA